UAACUGCGACUAGUAAACAGCAGUUGAAUGGAUGUCGUUUAUUUUCAUCGAUUACAGUCAAACGAAUUUUUAUAAUUUGUAGAAGCUUCAUUGCGUUUAGUUUUGCGUCGAAAGUUAUAUCAUCCAAUUAAAUAAGAAUGGCUAAACGAAGAAAACAAGCUAUGGUGGAUUUAAAUUCUAGCGGCAGUGAAUCUGAGUCCAAUAUUGAAUCGGAUCUUUUGUCUUUAGCAAAGAAGCGAAAAAAGAGUAAUACCAAUAAAGUUUCUGCCCUAUCUGGUUCGUCAGACACGGAAUCUGACUGGGACAGCAAAUCAAAUACUGGUAAAACAGAAACUGAACCUCCGAAUAAUGAACUCGUCAAACAUGAUACGGAACAGGAGGAAGGUGAAGUAUCAGACUCUGAAGACGAUGUUGGUAAAUCUAAAAGUCCAAACAUGUCCGACAGUGAGGCAAAUAAUAGAAGUUCGAGUCAAUCAAGCUCCUCAUCAGAAUCUAGUUCAGACUCUGAGUUCGACGAUGGCUACGAUGAAAACUUAAUGGGCGAUGAAGAAGACCGGAAACGACUAUCAGGUUUAUCCGAAAAAGAACGGGAAACUGAAAUCUUUAAACGAAUUGAGCAACGUGAUAUAAUGCGUACGCGUUGGGAAAUUGAAAGGAAGCUGAAGAUGGCACGCCGCACGGAGAAAGCGAAGAAACCUAAGAAGAAGGCAAAGAAAAGCAAAAAACCGUCGAAAAAAGAGGCUAAUAAGGAAUCAAAAAUUAGUCACACAAAAGAACCAAUAGCGACUAUACAGACAAAUGAAAUAAUUCCUCAGAAAAGUCCAAGUCCUUUAAUAACUGAAGAAGUGCAGGAUCAUCAUAUCCCAAGCGUAGAAAAUGAAGAAAUUGAAAAACCGGAGAGCGUUGAUGAUGCCCGCAAUGCGGCUCUGGAUUAUUAUGAUCAUAAGGAACGUUCUAAAGAAAGAAAGAAAAAUGUCGAAAUGAAUCGUACAGACGAUAAAAGAAGUAAUGCGAUGGCGCUUUUAAAAGCCAAACGGGAAGGAAAGGCUAAACGAGAGGAAGAAGAAGCUAAACGACUUGCACAGAAAGAACGUAAAGAAGAAAAGGAAGAAUUAGAAAGCGUUAGUGGUGGGAAAUCUUCAGUGAAAUUAAAAGCCUCAGAAAUAUAUUCUGACGAUUCAGGUAGUAGCGAUUGGGAAGACGAUAAGCCUGACAAGGUAUCCCGUUCGAAUAGUAGCAAAUAUUCUAGUGAAUCGGAAGACGAAGAAAGAGAAGAGAAACAUAUUAGUUUAAGCACACGUGAUGAAUUAAACAAAAUUCGCUUGUCACGGUUCAAGAUGGAACGUUUCAUAAAUUUGCCGAUCUUUGAGCGCACAGUAAUGAACUGUUUUGUUCGCAUCAGUAUCGGAAACAAUGGACAAAAGCCUGUGUACAGAGUGGCCGAAGUAGUUGGUGUAGUUGAAACGGCGAAGAUAUACAAUUUAGGUAAGUCUCGUACGAAUAAAGGACUACGGCUUAAACAUGGAACACAGGAAAGGGUUUUCAGGCUUGAAUUUAUUUCGAAUCAAGAAUUUACUGAAAGCGAAUUCAUCAAAUGGAAAGAUAUAUGUGCUCAACAAAAUGUUCCAAUGCCGAGUAUGGCUGUUGUUGAACGAAAGUUGAAGGACAUUAAAGAUGCAAUGAAUUACGAAUAUAAAGAUGAAGAUGUUGAUAAAAUAAUUGAGGAAAAGAACAGAUUUAGAAAUCGACCAACCAAUUAUGCCAUGAAGAAAACCUGCCUGAUGAAAGAACGGGACGCAGCCAUGCUGCGGGGAGAUUAUGAAAUCGCUCGUGAAUUAAGUCAAAAAAUAGAAGAAUUAGAAAGUCGUGCCUCAGAAUUAGAUAAGCGAAGAUCAAGUAGUAUAAGUUUAAUAUCGUACAUUAAUGAUCGAAACCGUAAGCGUAAUGUGGAAGAUGCCGAAAAGGCAAUAAUGGAAGAAGCACGUGCUAACAAAGGCCUUCGAAUAUCUGAUCCAUUCACUCGGCGCAUCACACAACCUCGUAUGGGUUUCAAGCAGUCAGAGAAAAAGGAAGAUGAAAUACCAAUCAAAGAACCGAUCAUAUUUACUGAGCCACCGAAAAAGCAAUCCGAACUAAUAGAAACUUCCAAAGGCAACGAUAAAAAGAAUUACAAUCUUUAUACAUUACACGAUUUCGAUAUUGAUUUGGAUGUCAGUGUACCAGUGAAUACUGUCAACACUUUGCCAAAACCAGUACCUAAAUUAUCGGAGCCCACAACAAAAAGGUCUCUAAAUUUGGAAGAUUAUAAAAAGAAACGCGGAUUAAUCUAAAUUAAUAAUUGUAAAAAUGCGAUUCAU